AGCUGCUCUCAGGAAAGCUGCGUUUACAGGACAGAUUUCUGCAUUCAGCUUUAUAAUGACAGUGAAGAUGUCUAAUCAGCAUCAGCCCUCCAAAAAUUAACCCUGUCCUGGUUUGACCUUGAUCUAAAAUUGCAUGAUAGCUUCAAAAAGGAGGGAACACUUUUUAGAGCGUUUUAACAGUUUAAAGUCUUUUUUGACUGUUGUCGGGACAUCUGCUAAUGUGGUUGGCUGACGGAGGGUAGCAGAGGUUUUGUAUCUCCUCUGAGCUCUAUGGAUUCUCAUGUCGUCUUCAGUCCGAUGAAACACUUCUGCAUGUGUUAUGGCUUUAUUCCGAGUCAAGACUGGACUAAAACUGAUGACAGAUUGUUACAGGCAGUUGAACAGAACGACCCAGAGAAAGUGGCGACGCUGCUCAUCAAGAAAGGCCUCUGUCCCUCUAAACUAGACGUGGAGGGCAAGUCGGCCUUCCAUCUUUGCGCAUCCCGAGGUCGACUCGAUUGUCUAGAAGUGAUAUUGUCCCAUGGGGUGGACAUUAGUUUGACAGACGGCACAGGGUUCAAUGCCCUUCAUCUUGCUGCUAAGAAUGGACAGGUGGAUUGUUUAAAGAGACUUCUUCAGGAGAGGAUCCCUGUCGACUCCACAGACAGUUUUGGGAGGACCUCCUUACACCAUGCUGCUGUAAGUGGUUGCUUGUCCUGCAGUGAGAUUCUGUGGGACUUCAAGGCCAACCUUGAUGCUCAAGAUGCUGAUGGGUCAACACCUUUAAUCUUAGCAGCCCAGAUGAGCAGAGUGGAGCUGUGUGCUUUUCUUUUGGACAGAGGAGCCAAUCCUAAUAUACAAGACAACCAUGGCAGAUCAGCUCUAAUGUUGGCCUGUGAGAGUGACAGCAUGGAGACUGUAGAGGUGUUACUGAAGGGAGGAGCUAACCCACAACUAACCGACGCCCUGGGGCACAACUCCGCCCACUACAGCAUUUCUUCUGGCAACCAAAACAUAACCCAGCUGCUGCAGAAUGGAGGAGGCAGUGCCACAGCUGCUGAGAGUUUAAACGAAGAGCAGAUUCCUUCAGCCCCUCCCCCAGCUGGCGCGAGCACACCCCGCAAGAGGAGAGCUCCGCCUCCUCCAAAAUCUCCUGCUCAGGGCACACCUCCUUCCUCAAAAACCUCAGGCACACCUUCCUCCCCUGCUCCCCCCCAACAGAGUCCUUCCCCACCUUCUCCCGCCCCCCGGACUCAGCUGACCUCAUCUGAAAAUGUUGUGGAAGAUGAAGAGGUAUUUGAAGAGAUUCGUAAGCUCAGAUCGGAGAGAGGUCGUCUGCUGCAGAAAAUCAAGAUUCUGGAACAACAGCAAAACAGCGCCACUACUGCCCUGGAAGAGCUCAGCUCUCUGAGGGUAAGACUGAGGGAAACCGAGGCAGAACGAGAUCGAUUACUGGCCGAGCUGGAGCAAUUAAGAGCGGCUCGGUUGAGCGGAGCGACCUGUGACUCAGAGGACGGAGAGGACCUGGAGGACAUGCUGGAUUUCCCAGGAGCAGAGAAGUUGCUUUCGAGGCAGUCGCGAGGCCUGAAUGCUGAUUCGUCAGAUGAAAAAGAAGAGGGCGUGUCCCAGGGGGAUCCUGCCCCUGUAGAGCAGCUUCGCAGAAAAGUGGAGGAACUGACCUCGCAGAAUGCCGACCUGGUUUUAAAAGUGCAGAUGCUAGAGAUGUUUGAGAAGGAUGACACGGAUAUGCAAAGCUCGGGUCCGGACUUUGUUCCCACAGCUCAGUACGAGUCUUUGAGAAGAGAGUUUGAAGAACUACAGGAGAAACUCUCUAAAGUCCAGACUGCUACUGAGGCAUCGAGCAUAGCAGAGGAUCAUGGAUCUGAUGAGAAGCCACAAGAGAAAGAGGAGGACCAUCAAAAACAAAGGGCACUGGAAGAAGAGCUGGCCCGGGCCCAGGCCGAGUUAGACGAGCUUAAGGAACAGAUGCGACUAGGGGUCUACUCUGUGGAGGAGGCAGCACAGCCUGAUGAAGGUUCUGAGACUUUUAAGGAAACUGAAAACUUAGAGACCCAACAGCUGAAAGCGAGGGUUCGGGAGUUGGAGGCGGAGCUAGCCGGCAAACAGAAAGAUGGGGCGGGGCUUGGUAAAGGCGACAACGACACAAUCCGACAGCUGAAGCAGAGGGUGGAGGAACUUGAGGCAACGUUGCAGGACAAGGAGAAAGGAGGAGAGAAAAAGGGAAAGGACGAGAUAGUUGUGAAUCUUAAAAAGCGAGUGAAAGAGCUUGAAGAAGCGCAAAGGAAGGUGGAAGGUGAGGGGGUGCCGGUGAACGGGUUGCAUGCACGGGUGGAGGAACUUGAGCGAGAGUUAAAAGAGAGCGUCCCGCGUGGGCAGUUGGAGGAGGUUCGGGUCACUUUGGGAAUUCAGCUUAACCAACUAGCUCGAGAACGCGCCGAAGUGGCUACGCGGCUCAACCAGGCCUUGCUGGAGCUGGAGAGGCUCCGCCCCCCGUCCCGCAUGGAUGGAGAGGACGAUGAAGAUGACGAGGAGCCAUCUGAGAGCUCUGAGGUUUCCAUUGCAUCUGGGGGGCGGACUCUGGCGACCAUAAAAGAAGAGCUGGAGGUUGCAAGGCAAGAGGCAGCACAAGCUCUUGACAGCCUGUGUGCUGAGAGAGAGAGCAGAGUUCAGGAUGCACUACAGCUCAGGGAUGCAAUACCACUGAAAAAACACCAGGAGGCGCUGACUGCAGUAGCACAGCAGCUAGCUCAAACUGAGAAAGAGCUCCAGACAGAGAGGGCCCUACGUGAGCAUGCUCAAACCGAACUGGCCAGACUGGAAUCUGAGCUCCGGGUGGCGAAAAAGGACUCGGUAAACAGGGAAGAACAUGAGAAAGUGAAGGCAGAAUUGGAGCGCUCUCUAGUGGAGAUUCGGCAGAAAGCGGCAGCGGCACAGGAAUCUCUGAGCGAGAAAGAGACGGAGAUUAAAGAGUUGCGAUCCCAGAAAGCGUUACAACAGGGACUGGUGUCUAAAGAAGACCACGAGGCCCAGAGACUCUCUCUACAAGCCGAAAUCAACACCCUGACAGCUCAGUUAGCUGAUCUUACACGCAAGCAUGAAAAGACUUCAAAUGAGGUGUUUCAGGUGCAGCGUGAUGCUUUGUUUAAUAAGAGCGAGCGUCAGGUGGCUGAAGCUCAACUAGAGACAGUUAAAAAACAGCUUGCUGAUCUGCAGGCUGAAUCCACUCACAUCCAACAACUGCACCAAGACAUCCAGCACUCACAGGGGCUUGUCAAAGAGAAGGACCGCAAGAUCACAGAGUUGUCUAAGGAGGUGUUUCGUCUUAAGGAGGCAUUGGGGGCUCUGACACCCCCGCUGGGUCGUGUGCCGUCACCUCCAUCCACAGGAGGAGGAAUACCUGGACAACAGCUGGCACUGCAGAACCGUGUGACCGCACUUACACAACAACUCCAGGACUGUGAACGCAAACACAAAUCCGUAGUGUCCAUAUAUCGCUCUCAUCUAUUAUCUGCUGUACAGGGUCGGAUGGAUGAAGAAGUGCAGGCCCUUUUGCUUCAAAUCCUUCGUAUGUCACAAAAAGGUCAAAACUAAUAUAAACACUUUAACCGACAGCAAUACGCAAGCUAGGCGACUUCUAUGUAGAGUAUCUGACACUUCAAGAGCGCUCUUGCACCCAAUCGUAUCGACACUGUGCACACCCAAGGCGAGGUAUCCUAUAUGUCAGAGAUUCGGCUGUGGAUGAGAACUGCCAUGUUGGCAGAUAUAGUUUUGGAAAACAACAGAGAUGAAUAUAUUUCCUGUAACCGCGAUUAUUUGUUUGAUCCAGAGGGUGAACCUGAAUCAUUUUUUACCGCAUUUCAAUAAACACAGAAACAACAA